CAACUGAUCGCUGCGAAGCUCGAACAAGAUGGACGUUGCUGAUCGUACAACUGGCACUUCUCAUGUACGCGACGACCUCGCAGAGAGAUGCCAAAAGCUAUUUCAAGACUUCCUCGAAGAGUAAGUAGAUUUUCAAUCGAUCAGAUCGAUAAAUGCUUGUAUUAGUGGGUAAAGGUGCCGAUUUUUGUACAUUUCAUUAACCCAGAAUAAUUUCGAGCUGCCUGCACAUGGUUGGAAAUCAAUCCACGUUCUCGGAUAUGUUAUAGCUUCUGAUAGCUUUUAUUUUUAAAUCAGGCGUUCUAAGCCUGAUCACUCCUCGAUAUUUUUUAGUGGCUGGUCCAUUUGAAGUUAUCGUAGCUCACACAUUCGAUUUUUUAGAGCGGCAAAACAAAACAACAGAACGCAAGUGUACAAUCUUCUCAGGUUUUGUAAAGACUAGUUUGCCGUUUAUGAUGAAGUAGGUUACAGAGUGCUUGAUUCAGAGAUAAUUCCUAUUAUAGAAGAAUGUUUUACCAAAAUGCUGGUAGGCACCAAGUUACUUUAUCUUAAAAACUGGUUGAUUACAGUAAGUAAUUUUUGAACUUGUGAAGCCCUAACCUGUUAAAGAUUUUUAAGUCUUAAGAUUAUUGUCAACGGCUGGACACGAACUUGGACUAAACUGAUAGACAUUGGUUCCUAGGUUACAGACUGUUGAUCAUUUGAUACGAUGAAAUUGUUAGCUCAUUUAAUCUAUGAAACAUAUUAAACUUGCUUGCUAGUUUAAAUAUGCAGAGUUACUACUUUAUGUAAAAACCUCUCAUAUAUCGAAACUAACUGCACAUGCCUGUAAUCUGAUAUCACCCACCCCCCUCAAAGAAAAAAAAGGUUUUUUUUUUUACCUAUAUCAGGCCUGUACUCUAGCAGCGCCUGGGCCUACUUGUCUAUGGGCAGGCUACGCCCCUGAUCGACUUGUUUAUUUAAUCAUUUAAAGGUUUCAAGUUGAUGGAGAAGAAAAGUAUCUCCCUGAAGUUCAGGAGCUUAUCAGGCCUGAACGCAACACAUUGAGUGUUAGUUAUCAAGAUGUGGAGUCUUACAAUUCUCAGUUAUCUACACUAAUUCAAGAGGAAUACUAUAGGUAAGAUCAGAAAAGAACAACCAAAGAUAAUUUGUUAUUCACGUGUAUUAAUUGUGUGUAACAUAAGAUUGACUACUUUUGGUAAUAAUCCAGUUUAUAGCCAGCUAAAAAUCCAUUUUCUGUAGUUGAGGUGGUUUUUUUGAAGCUGCAAAAUAGAAAUUGCAAAUUUUAUUACCUCACCAAGGCCCCCUUUUAUGAAGCGAUUUUAGCUAGGUUACAAAUAUUGUCUUAUACAGUUAUUUAUCUUAAGAAUAUGUUUCUGAACAGUUUUUGUUGAGAGACAAUUAUUUACUUCUAGUCCAUAAAUAUUUGAAUCCAGCCCUAUAAUUUAGAUUAUAAUUUAGUUUUCUCAUUGUUUAAGGCAAUGUUUGAGUGGAUACAACUAACAAUCUUUCAAUUUGCCUUCAGAGUAUUUCCUUAUCUCUGCCGAGCUGUCAGAAACUUUGCAAGAGAUAGAGGACAGGUCCCUCCUACAAAAGAAUUUUAUGUCAGCUUCACAGAUCUUCCUACAAGACACAAGUAAGAUGUGUUCAUACAAUUGUUGUUAAAAAAAACCCACUCCAUAGAAGAAUUAUGAAUUUUAUUUUUUUGUGUGUGUGUGAUCCUUUAGGAUUCGAGAACUCACCAGCCAAAAGAUUGGCACCCUAUUGAGAAUAAGUGGACAAGUUGUUCGAACACACCCAGUGCACCCUGAAUUAGUGACAGGCACGUUUAUCUGCCUUGACUGUCAGACGGUCAUUAAAGAUGUUGAGCAGCAGUUUAAAUACACUCAGGUUUGUGGUUUUCAUUGCUUCGUCCUCUCAAUUGUAUCUUUCAUGAAACUGUGGUAAAAUGACUGUAUCUCUCUAUCUAGAAAGAUUAGACAAAAAUCUUUUUUCAGGCUUUCUUUUCGCAACUUCAAAAGUUGCGUAUAUAACUGUAAUGAUCAUCCUUCAUUUAAUUCUUCACUCCGCAGUUCACAUAUAUGAUGUUCAUAUAUUCAAAAACUUCACAAAAAAUUCUCUUGGUCCUUUGCACUUUCUUUAUGCUUUCCUUAAUUAAUUUUUUGCUUUGACGAGCAGGCAAGAUGAAGUGAAUCCUGUGUUUUGAUUUGCUAGCUGGCUGGGCAAGAUGGGACUUUCUUUCCCACUCGGAAUUUCCUGUACUGAUCCAGCAAAAGAUUAAGUUCUUGUGACGUUUCAAAAGGACUUUAAUGCAGGGUGUUUAAGAUUAACAAUGGUUUAAUACCAUUUCGUUUUGACUAUAAUUACACAUACAGGAGGGUCAAAUGGGUUGAAUACGGGACAGGACCUAUGCAACAUUGACUACCCUUCCUUAACAACACCAAUCCCAUGUAAAUCCCAGAAAAUCCUUUUUAAUGCCAGAGCACUGAGUUCAAAUUUACUCCAACCUAUAGGAGAUUAACUAGUAACAUCUCACCUUCCAAUAUUAGAGCCAGUGUUGAAACCUACCCUCCCCAGCUACACAAUUUACUCCAAUUCUCUCCCCACUUCCAUCCCUAACACUUUAUGCGCCCCCCACCCCCCCGAGCUUUGUGAGGUUCUGUGAUGCAUGCAUUUCUAGUACACAGUUGAAAGCAGACCUGUUACAUGUGAUCAUAGAUAGACACUAUGAUGGUUCAAUAGGGAAAACAUAACUUCCAGUUUAUAAAAAUAUUACAGUUCUCUUAGCCAUAUAAUAAAUCCUUUAUUGUCCAAGGUUGUUUGGUCCAAGUGGCUUGAUAUUGGCUUCAUCCUUUUUCUGCAUUUUUUUAUUUACCUGGGCUUCAACUUGGUCCUUAAAAACCAAAAAAGAACUUGUCCUAUAUUCGGCCAUCUUGACCUCAUACUUUGUCAAAGAUGCAUUUGUAGCAAGGGUGAUUACAAGUUUCAUUGUAAUGUUUUUUGUGUUAUAAUUAUCACAGCCCACUGUGUGCCGCAACCCAGUCUGUCAGAACAGGACAAGAUUUAUGCUAGACAUCAACAAGUCCCGCUAUGUGGAUUUCCAGAAAGUUCGUAUUCAGGAAACUCAAGCAGAGUUGCCACGGGGCAGUAUUCCAAGAAGGUUUGCCAGUUUCAGUAAAAUGUUUUUAAUAUUAUUUUAUUGACAGAGUGCAGACACAAUCAUUAGACAAUAAAGAUAAUGGGGUUAAACCUGCUGUUUAGCUACUAAAAAUAAUAGAACAAUUUGAUGUGGGACUUUGCAAACCUAUUCUUACAUGUUGUUUUUCAUGUGCAAAACUCUGUUGGAAAACUCUCCAAAUUCUUUCUCAUACUGGCUUAGACCAGUAUGAAUAAUAUUAUUGGCAAAGCUAUGCAUCCAGGUCAAGUAGGUUUUCUUACUUUCUGGGCAAGUAACCAGCGUGCAAAGAAAGUAGUGUCUGAUAGCCCGGGGCUAGUGGAUUUUUCUAUUGGGCUAGUGAAUUCUGUUUUUAACUUGCCCGACGGGCAAGUGAUGUUUUUUGAGGAAUUCAAUUAACAAAAGAACUGUGAAAUCAAUUCUGCUAGUCAAAAAGUUUUGGGGGCUAGUUGAAAUGACGUCUGGGCCAGUAAAUGCUAGCUUUAGCUUGCCCAAAUGGCUAGCUGUAAAAAUAAUUUUCUUUGCACCUUGGUAACCUUAUGAGCUCACUUGCCAAAUAGGCGAAGGUCCAGGCAAACUAUCUUGUAACUAAAUCGUUAACUGAAACAAGCAAGGAACGGCCUUGUGCAAGUGAAUGUGAGAGCUGGUGGUUUAAUUAAAGGACAUGCUGAAAUAAAAGUUUUCUUAAGCUCCUUGUUUAAUCCCAAUUCCCCAGCCUCUGAUCACAGCAGCAGUUUGAAAAAUUUGGUUCCUCCUACUUCAAGAUUAUCACCUGUCAACUCCUUACACUCAAACUUAGCCAUUACAUUACUUUAAUUAUCUUUUUUUUUAGUGUGGAAAUAAUUCUUAGAGCUGAAGCAGUAGAGCAGGCCCAGGCGGGAGACAAAUGUGACUUCACGGGAACACUGAUUGUUGUUCCCGAUGUAGCUCAACUUUCAACACCAGGUAAAAACGAUUUAAAACGCAUCUUCAAGUAAAAGAAAAGUUGUAACACAGAAAUCUGGAAAUAAAGAGAAAGAUGAGUCAAAACUUACGCCUUUCCUUGUGGAAACAAUUAUUCCUUGUGUGUGUUCGUGAAAAUCUUACGAUGCAUUUAUUAAGUGGGACAUAGGUGACAGUACAGAUGAUGUUGUUAUUUAUAAUGAUGAUUGUGAAUAAUAAGGACAUUGAUAAUCAAUGUUGGUUUUCAGGUCAGAGGGCAGAGUCUUCUGGGAGACAGACAGCUGGUGAUGGCUAUGAAUCAGAAGGUGUCAGGUAAGUAAUGUUCACUGCCAUGAUGUUUCAACCUCUUGCACUCAUUUCAAAAGAGUCAAAGAAACCUGCAAAAGUGGACUUAUAAACAGUGUUCCCAUUCCCUAUGUCAGUCUGAAGGAGUUUUAAGUGUCAUGUGAUAUCCCUCACUCCCAACUAGUUGCUGGAUAAUUGAAAGCUGACAGCAUUGGUAGGUAUCAACCAUGCACAAAUGAGUGUAUAUGAACAAAGCCAAGGGGAUUGAAGUUGUACUAGAUAACACCAGUAUUUCUUUGUUGUCUCAAACAUGAGUACCAUGCAAUAAGGAUUGCACAUACGAUGUACAUUUUCAAAAGAACCAAUUUAAUGACUUGUUUAAUGACCUGCUACCAAUUGGUUCGCUCACCAGCUAGCCUGAACUUUCUCAGGCUUUCUUUUUGUAACUGCAUAAGUUCAUCUUUAACUGUGAUGAUCAUGUUCACAUUUAUUUAGAACCAUCACUACUAGCGUACUAUUGCCAAUAUAAAAUUCACUCUAACUCAAUCUUCCCCUUGCUCAGUAUUUUUGUCAUUAUAAAUUUUUCUUUUUUAGGGGUCUAAAGGCCCUUGGUGUACGUGACUUAACCUAUCGACUGGCUUUCCUGGCAUGUAGCGUCCAAGCAACAAAUCCAAGGGUAAAAUUAAAACUUAAUGUUUUUAUCAUAACCAUAAGUUUAUAAUAUUUAUUUAAGUACGGUCAACUCCCUUCAUAGCGGACAUUGUAGGGACCUUGGUUCGUGUCCUCAUUAGCGAGAGUCUGUAAUAGCGGGAGUUUAUUUCAGUCAAACGUCUGUAAUUUGAUUUUGCCAGGGAUUUAGCUACUGUCCAUUUUAUUGGGGUGUCCACAAGGCGAGAGUUUUGGGCUUUAUAUCAUUAUUUUAAGCAACAUCUGCUUUAAUAAGUACAGUGCAUGUAACUUCUUAAUUUCAUAAGGAGUCAAGGAGGCCACAAAAGGAGUAUGUAUGUCCCAAGUCUGAAUUUCAAAUAGAGUUAUUUCACAUUUUGAGGAGUAGGCCAUGUCCCUUUCAGUAUUUAUCCCAUCUUUUUGUCAUUUGUUGCCAUUUAAUAUUUAUUGAUCUAGACUUGUGUUGCUGUUACAAGGCCUUGUCACUUGUCGGAAUUUUACCCUAACACAGGGUUGUCAGAAAGUUUUGAAGUAGACGGCUGAGUCAUUGUCAAAGUAAGCGGCCAGUCCAGGGAUAUUUAAGUGAAAAAAACGCCAACCGUAAAAAAAAUGCCAAGCAGAGUAGCCGGCUGAUACUAACCAAGUAGGCAGUGAUUUUCGCUGGCAGCCAGCUACUUUUGACAACCUUGCUAACAGGGCCUCAUUAAGGUAAAAGAUUGUGCAAUUAAUUCAAGUCAACAGCUAUGGUUCACCAUGGCAUAUUCACUUCACAUCUUUUUCUGUUCAGUUUGGAGGUAAAGACCUUGAUGGUGAUGAUGUUACAGCAGAAACUAUUAAAAAGCAGAUGACAGACCAAGAGUGGCAAAAAAUCUACCAGAUGAGCAAAGACAAGAACCUUUAUCAAAAUAUGAUCAACAGUAUAUUUCCUACAAUUCAUGGUGAGUAUGUUCACAGAAGGUGCUAUUUCUUAUGUGAAAUCAUUAUUAGAGGGAAAGUGAGAAAAAUACCCUGACUGAAAGCAAGAUGUUUCUUUAAUUUACAAGCAGAAGUUCUAAGUAGUGAAAAGGGAAAAUUAAAUGUCAAAAGUAUUAGUUUUUGUAUUGUUUUUUAAUUUGGUUUAACCCACGGAGCUUUUAGGAGUUCAUAAGAACUCUCUGAAAUGUGUUUGUGCAUUCCAGAUCAAAUUUGAAUUUGGAAGUGCCGGUUUUUAAGGAGAAUGGAAAACUGGAGUACCUGGAGACAACAAACUCAACUAACAUAUGGUGUCAAGUAUUAGCAAAUUGGCCUUACAUAACAAUGGACUUUCUUUUUUUGGAGCUCAGCAGUAAAUUUGCAUGGUGAAUGAAGUCCAGUCCUUUCAAUCCUCUGCCUGAAGUUCAUAGCUCUUAAAAAAUUUUUUCUCUUGGCAGGAAAUGAUGAAGUUAAACGUGGUGUUCUUCUCAUGUUGUUUGGUGGAGUGCCUAAGGUGACAACAGAGAAAACAAACCUUAGAGGAGAUAUCAACAUUUGUAUUGUGGGAGACCCCAGCACUGCCAAGAGUCAAAUACUCAAGUAAGAUGUACUUUAUUCUUUCAGGAAUGUCUUCAGUCACUGAAUGGUUAGCCUGUGAGCAAGCUCUCCUGGGUGCUCUGGGGGCAGUGGGGAGGAAAAGGGGGCAUGUCCCAUCCAAGAGCUCCACAGAGUAGCUUGCUCACAUGGCUACUGAAUACUGUGUUGUCUUUUUUACUCCUAUCAUCAGUUGUGGUAAUGGGAGCACAGUUAGCACAGUUCUAACGUUUUCAGUCGUACACCAGCAGCCGUUGUUAGGUGAGAAUGCCCCUUACGCUUUGUUGUUGUUCUCUUGUGCUCUCAGCGGCUAUAUUGUAACUGAGUUGUUAUUGCCAUUAAACCAUAACUGUUCACUAUUCUCAGGUCGUCUUUUCCUCAAUACCGAGCUUAAACAAUGACGAUGGUGAUGUAAACAAGAACAGUAUAAAAGGAAUCGGUUUAGAUUAGCAAAACAACAACUUUUUUAUACACUUUUUGCCAUCACUGCACAUUACAACAUGAAAAUGCCUAAUUUCAUGUUUUGUGGAGGAUGCCAACAGAGGGUAGCGACUUUCUUCUUCUUUUUCUGCUUUGAUACAGUCUCUUAGAAUUCAACCCCGGAAAAAAUUGUCAAGAUUCAAUGAAUUGAAUGAGAUAGAAUAAGUGCAAUAAAGUUUGAAGCAGCGCAACUUCACUUCACAUUACUCGCGUGGAUCCCACCACUGCCACUAUGCCAUCAAUGAGGAAAAGACAACCCAUGUAUAGUAAACAGUUACGGAGUAAUGGCGACUACAACUUUGUUACAAUAAUAUGGCCACUGAGAGCACAAGAGCACAACAAGGAAGCAUAAGGUGCAUGCUCGGCCAACAAUGCCUGCUGGUGAUAGAAGAUAUUAUGGUUUGUCAAAGGUUUUUUUGUUACUGUACAUUUUUGUUCCAGUAUUUUGCCGAAUUGCUUUUGUUGAAUUUUGAAAUAUCAGUCACAAAAUGAGUGAAAGAAAAAAUAAUUUGAAACCCAAUUUUCAUUUUUUUCCUGACAUAUACCAGUUUGUCUGAUUUGAUUUUUUCUGUUCACUCGAGGCGAAAAAGGACUGUCACCAGCCAGACAUUGUUUUGGUGGAUGGGUUUGGCAUUUCUUGCUUAAUUUCUUGUUAUUUAGGAAGAGUAAAUCUUAAUCAAUCAACUGCUGAGAAUAAUAAAUAAUUCUUUGUAGGCAUAUAGAAGAAUUUAGCAUCAGAGCAGUAUAUACUUCUGGUAAAGCCUCCAGUGCAGCUGGUCUGACAGCAGCUGUUGUCAAAGAUGAAGAAUCUUCAGAGUUUGUCAUCGAAGCUGGAGCUCUAAUGUUGGCUGAUAAUGUGAGUUUUUUUUAAUUUUUUUGUAGUGAGUCUGUUUACAAUUACAGUUGCUCUGAUAAGAUAGACUGUCAAGUGAACCAUAGCCUGCAUCUCAGACCAUCUAAAUCUCUGCCUAUUUUCAUAUAUAUCGAGUUCUCUACUUAGGCUUUGAUAGACAAGUCAGGCUGCAAUGCAGGCUAGUGAACAAAUCCCUGGUUACAAAUAUGAAUCUUUUGUCUCUGCCAGAUGCUAUGUGAAGAAAGAAGCAGUUCACACUUGUAUUAAAACCCUUAGAUAACAUCUAGUGCUGUGAUAUACAUGAGCUCCCGCAAGAGAAAUUUCUGGUUAAGUUGAUACCAUCCUCUUUAACUGUAAUUUAAAUCAGUAGCUAAGAAACACAUAAUUUGCAGAAUUUUAUUGGUGAUAUGAAUUCCUGGUAAGUGAGACAGCGAAGAAGUUGUCUCUGUAUUUCUUUUUAUUGGUUUGUAGGGUGUUUGCUGCAUUGAUGAAUUUGACAAAAUGGAUCCUAAAGAUCAAGUUGCUAUCCAUGAAGCCAUGGAACAACAAACUAUUUCAAUAACUAAAGCUGGUGUCAAGGUAAAAAGUAAUCUCUAGUUAUGCAUCAUUUUUUUUUUUUGGGGGGGGGGGUGCAGGAAGCACCCCCCCCCCACGAUACAGCCAUUGUGUGGUUUUAAAAGUCUUAAAACCAAACACUCUUUGCGGUGUUUUGAUUUCUCUGCAUUCUCAUCUGACAAUAUUAUUAUAUGAUUAUGCUUGCAACUAUAAUUAAUCAUGAUUUUGUAUCACUUUGUUUUUAGGCAUCACUGAAUGCAAGAACCUCUAUUCUAGCUGCAGCAAACCCAAUUGGUGGCCGAUACGACAGAACAAAAUCACUUAAAGUGAGUUGAGGAUAAAACAUGCUGUGAUAUAUACAAAAUCCUAGCUGGAAUUAGCAUACUCAAAACUCUUUCUUAUUCCUUCAUCCUAUACAUUCAAGUCAUUUACAGUACCUGUAAAAUGCUUACCCUCCCUGUGGCACACAGGGUGGAGUUGCUGGGUGAGGUGUGGUGGCCAUGUUCAGGGGGGGGGGGGGGGGGGGUAGAGGGCCCCCAAAACCCCCCUUUUUUUUUUGUGUUUUUUUGCCCCCCACCAGGAUUUGUUCACUUGUCCUUUUUAAAAAAAGGGCCUUUUGUUUAGGGGUGUUUUUUUUUAAACAUUGUAUCUUUUUUUUUUUUUUGUGCCUAAAAGGGUGGUGAAUAAAAAAAUUGUUGUAAAUACAAAAAAAAAUUUACAAUAUACAACUCAAUACUUCUUUUUUUUUUCCCCUCUCACCACUACAGUGCUUCUUUUUAUAGGGAUACUUGAGGUCGCCCCCCCCGGGGGGGGGGGGGGGGGGGGGGGGGGGGGGGGGGGGGGGGGGGGGGGGGGGGGGGGGGGGGGGGGGGCAGUUAAGGUCCUCCAGAAUCCCUCAUUUUGUUGUAGUGUUUUUGGACCUCAUCAGAGAUAUGAGUACUUGUCUCCUUUGAAAAAAUGGCCAUGUGUGUAUAGGUUCUUAUGUUUGAAACUGUACUCAUUUGUUUUUCUUUCGAGCCCUAAUCUUGGGUCUGCCUUUUUUAUUACUUUCAUAAAAUCAGUUCUGUUGAAAAGUGUAUACAAAAAAUAAACAUAAACAUUGUUCUUGUUGUUGCAGCAUAACUUGAACAUGUCAGCUCCUAUCAUGUCCAGAUUUGAUCUUUUCUUCAUUCUUGUAGAUGACUGCAAUGAGGUACAAACAGUUAUGAAAAUAGCUUAGCUUUUGAUCAUAAUUAUUUGAAUGUUAGGUGUGUUAUAAAUUUUUAAUUAAUUUGUAGACUUACCCAAGGCUAAAAGUGGAGCUCCUUUUAAUGACUUCAACAAUCAUUGACCAUGGCAAAGAAAUCCACUUGGAGUUGAAAACUAUUAACUUGUCAGCGGAUAACUUUAAAAAAAUGUAACCUUGAUGGGUUGACACCAGUGAGCCAAUGACAUGGUCAUGUGAUACUGGUCAGCAGAUUCCCUGUCUUGACAGCUGUCAAUUGACCACAACAUGGAUGUGCAAUGUGUGAGAUUUCACAUUGGUUGCCCUGUAGUGCAGACAGACGGGUGGACAGACAUGCCUGGUCACAUGACUACUAAAAUUUCUCAGGGGCAUAGGUCACCAAUGGGGCUAUGGGGCUCUGCUUGCGCGUGCUUUGUUUGCGUGGAGCUCUGCUACUAAUAUUAUUAUUUAUUUAUGAUUAUUCAGAAUUCAAUAUUAUGUGCAUGUUGCUGUAAACAUUUCCAUAUCAGUGCUUCAUCAGACAGACUGGUCAAUAUAGCUGGAACCAAAUAAAAAAGAUUAAAACAAUCCUAACAGUGUUAAAAGUUCUGUCUGAGGAAAGACAUACAAGAACUGUAUGACAUGUGGCAAGGGGAAUCACUGUUAUGAUCUGAGUACUGGAUUUAUGUAUUAAUAUAAAGGCUGAUGCUUGCUCCUCCAACAACCUGGGGAACUUAACUCCUUUUAUCAUUGGUGGUAGGUGACAGAUUACGCCAUUGCUCGCAGGAUUGUUGACUUACACAGCAGGCUUGGGGAGGCAGUUGAGAGAAUUUACAGUGUGGUGAGUAUAAGUUUAUAUUAAAUAAAUUUGGGGGCAGUUUUUUGUUGAGUGAGUAGCGUGUUUUGCAAGAACACUUUCGUCAGUAAAAUGCAAAACACUCAACAGGAUGAAGCAGCAAGGGCUCUUGGGGAUAUUAUGCGUGAGAUUUGUAAGGCAUUAUUGUAACUGAAAAAAAUAAUUUAUCUAUUUUUUGUAGGAUGAAGUGCAAAGGUACAUCACAUUUGCCAGGCAGUUCAAGCCAACGGUAAGGUCUCCUACCAAAAUUAUGCAAUCAUACACACCCAAUAUUUCACAUAACUGCAGGCGAUAUGUGUAGCAUAUAUGCACACCUAGUUUCCUGUUCUUACCGAAGCAAGACAGAAAAAAAAAUGCAAAUAGAAGCAUAGAAGUUCAGACUUUCAUGUUUAGCCUGCUUUCUCUCAUUUCAAGGAGACAGGCAUUUUCAUUUAGCAUGAAUUUCUCUACGUCUGCACUUUUUUUGACAGGGUUCCAAAAAAUAAUGUUGAAUUCCAUCGUGUCCUUUAAGUAAGCAGCUCUCACAUCUUACUUGCCUAGGGCCCCUUCUUGUUUGUAUUACUUAAUGAUUUGGUUGAGGAUGAUUUGCCUGCCCCUUGCCUAUGGACAAGUAAGCUUUAAAAGUUACUUGCCCACCAAGAAAAUCUACUUGUCCCACACAACUGGAGGGAACUUUUUUUGACAGUAUUGUAGAAGCGUUCUGGAAGGUCUCUCCUUAUUGGUUGCAGGAAACAAUGACAUGUCAUUCUUCCAAUUGUUUUUGUAUUGUUUGGGGUCAGGGAAACACACCAUUGGUGACUUCUCUUCCAAGUAGCUGAUACAAGACCCUUUUUUGAGCCCCGUAGUAAUGUAAGCAGUAUUCACAUAAAUGUGAUAAGACAAAUAAACUGAUACUUUCAAUGUUCUUUAUUAAUGUGAAUUUGAACAUGAACAAUAAAUCAAUCAUAUCCCCACAAUGGGCUUUUUUUUAGUUUGUUUUGUUUUUUGGAGUCAGCAGGACUAAAACACUGACCCCAGGUUAACAGCAUUUUGUGUGCUCCACCAGAAGAUUUUUCUCACAGUUUCCUACCACUGAGAUUAUUUUUUGAUUUUGUGUUUCAGAUUAGUAAAGAAGCACAGGAUUUCAUAGUUGAACAGUACAAACAUCUAAGAGAAAGAGACGCAACAAGUAAGCCUCAUUAGUUUCUUCUCAAAUAUGUAAAAAAAUUCAUGCUUAUUAAAAGUAAAAAUGAAAUCUACAUGUAAUUUAAGGGGCCUCGAUUGGAUUUCUCAGGGCGGAUACCAGCCAAGUUCGAGCGUUGACUAUGUCGUCAUUAACCCUUUAAGUCCCAAUAGUGACCAAAAUCAAUUUUCUCCUAACGAUAUCCAUACACUGUCAAGAGAUUACAUUAUGAGAAUAGAUAAAAUGUGACCCUUCAUGCGAAAAGGCGGCUUAUGGAUUUCACUAAAAAACGUGAAUUUUUUUCACGGUCACGGUGCGUGAAUUAGAGUUUUCACGGCGUGAAUUUCAAAUUCCACGCCCGUUCACUCCAUGCGAGAAUUUUUCACUCUUGGCGUGAAACUAAUCAUGUUGCGACAGAUCAGCGAAGACUUUCACGCCGUGAUUAUUUAACCGGUAUAAACUUUCACGCCGUGAAAUUAAGAGUGAACACAUUUUCACGCCGUGAAACAUGUCGAGGGUGAAUGAAAUCUAACCUGUUUUUUUUCGUUUUGUGUUUUUUCUCGCCCCUUUUCGAACUGGAAAAAAACAAGAAUACCUGGUCACGUCAAGCUAAAUUUGUGGAAGUUGAUCCCACGCAAAAAAUAAUAUUUCUCUCUGCAUAUUCAAGCCGUUUUAAAUAGCUCAUGAAAAAAAUUAAAAAAAAAACGUAUUCAGACUAUUCCGCGUUCAGGCCUGUAAAGCCACAAAUCACAAUCAAACUAGUCACAAUUUCUUGUCGAUAUUUUUGUGUGUUCAUGGCAAGUAUUUUAUUAGAUAUGCACGAUCGUAACUGCUUGUGUUUCAUGUCAAUUUGUUUACAUUGUCUGUAACUGCAACAGUCGGUGACUUUUGGCUCUUUUUUUUCUUCUCCGCAACGUGCAAAUUUUCCCAAUGUCGAUGUCAGAGACGCUUAGUUAUUUACUAAACAUGGCAAGGUUUUCACUCAAGAAACCUAACAAAAUUCUUUGCGGAAAGACUAACUAUUACUGCCAUUCCUAAAACCGGGAUAAUUGUCGUCUAUGUCGACGCGCAUUGCAGUGAAGUGCCUGAUCUUAUCUACAGUUUUGUAGCCCCAUCACACGUGCAAACUCUACUUGAUUUAUCAUGCUCCAUUUCAAGUUCCUUGUCUCUUUGCUAAAUGUUAUACUCAAAAUUUCGCCGUUACAACGAUGACCAACGAUCUGAACAGAAGGAAUGAAAUAAAUCCAAAAGAUAUCACGCAAUAUCAAAACAUGCGUUACAUAUUUCAUCUUGUCGCCACGGAGUCUAGCGUUUGCAUAACCUCGUGGAAGAGAUAAAAGCUUCUUUUGGUUGUAAAUUUAGAGAAUCUUCGGUGACUCACUUUUUAAGCGAUUUCAUCUGUUUUGCCGAAAAUCAAAAAUCAAAAAGUACUGACCAGUACAUGUUACAUUCAUGUGGGCAAAUAAAGGCUUGCAUGACAUGUAAACAAACAAUGUUACAUUUCAUUUUGACUGUUGGAAGAUUUUCACGGCGUGAAAUUUUACUGAAAUUUUUCACAGCAUGAAAUAUUAUUUUUCACGGCGAUUAUAAACUUUUUCACUGCGGGAAAUUUUCACGGUAGCCGUGAAUUUUUCACGGCGUGAAAGAGAAAUUUCACUCACAUUCCAACAAUUUUUCUUACUUUCACGGCCUGGAUCGUGAAAAUAGGCAUAGCGUGAAAUUUAGAUAAGCCCCCAAGUCGCGUGAAGGGUCACAAAUGAUCACCAAAGGGAAAAUGCUUUGAUCUUUUAUCAAAUUCUCUUAACUAAUUCUUAAAGGAAAUGUAUAGAGAUCAUGUUUGGAGAAUUUGUAUGUGGAUAUUGGGGCUUAAAGGGUUAACAAAGAUAAUAUACAGCUCCAAGCGAAUUAGAUAAUGAGAUCAUUUUGUUGCUAUGAGGACUCUGAUGUCAGCAUCACAUCAAGCAUAACAAAUUUUCAUUUUUUUUUUAUUAAGCUGUGGUAAUCAUUUUUCCAUAUCUGUGUUAAUGGUGAAGUAGAUAAUGAUCAAACUUGGGAGGUACUGACCCUAUAAAAUCCAAUCAAGCCACCUUAAACUUCAUCUGAAAGUUAUACUUGACAAUGAUCCUAAUUUAAUGUUUUGUUUUUAGGUAUGGCAAGGUCUGCUUGGCGCAUCACAGUGCGUCAGCUGGAAAGCAUGAUUCGCCUUUCCGAAGCAAUGGCCAGGCUAUACUGUCAGGAUGAGGUAUUAUGUUGAACCCUUUAAGUCCCAAUAGUGACCAACAGCAAUUUUCUCCUAACGAUAUGCAUACAUUAUCAUGAGAUGAGGUUAUGAGAAUUAAUAAAAUGAUCACCUAAGAGAAAAUACUGAUCUUUUAUCAAAUUCUCUUAACUAAUUCUUAAAGGAAAUGUAUAGAGAUCAGUUUGGAGAAUUUGUAUGUGGAUAUUGGGACUUGAAGGGUUAAUUUUUAUAACUGUUCCCUGACGUAUCUACAUGUAGCCUCAAUGAGAAAAUGCUGACAUUUUGUAAUGCUGCCACUGCUGGUUUCCCCACAAAAUGACGAGUGAGGAACAAGUGCAGAAAUUCUGUGCUGAUGAAGGGUCACUACCCAGAUUUGGAUAGUGAUCUGGAUUGGUUGAAGCAAAUUUCCUGUGCAUACCCAGAUCUAAUUAGUGACAUAUCAUCGGUAUGGAAUUUCUGUGCUCAUUCCUCAGACAUCAUUUUGUGGGGAAACCAGUGGUGGUAUCGCAAAAUGUUGGCUGUUUUCUCGAGCUAUGAGGUUUGAAGCCUGUAUAAUAUUGUCCAUUGCUUGAACCUUUGUAACGAUGCAUGAUGCAAUACUGUAUAAAUUAACUCAAAUUCUGUUCUAUUUUUUUGCAGGUACAACCAAAACAUGUGAAAGAAGCUUUCCGUUUGUUGAACAAGUCAAUUAUCAGGGUUGAGACCCCAGAUGUACAAUUUGAUGAUGAAGAAGAACAGCAAGAAGGUAUAUUCUAAAUAUGAAUAAUUUAAUUGAUUAAUUAAUUUUUGAUUCAAUAGUUGAUUAGUGACUUACUUUCUUACUUUCUCUUAACAGUGCCUAUCUCUGAACAUCCCUGAGGGGAAUGAAUAACAUGAUAAUUAUUUACAAUUUACAAUAAUUAUUUUAAUUUGUAUGCAGGUAAAUACAGUACCUACAAAAAGAUCAACAAUUCUUAAAUGUUUUUGUCACACCAGAUAUGGAUGUAGAUGCUGAAAGCGGUACCCAGGGCUCACAUCCCACAGGAAUGGUGAAUGGUCAUGUUGGGGAUGACUCUCACAAAACAGCCGGAGAUAAGAGUAAAUCCAAACUACGCCUGACAUAUGAUGAGUAUGAAUCCAUGGCAAGACAUCUCACAACAACUUUACGAAUAGCAGAGAAUCGAGCUGGCGAUGGUAAGCUUUUGAAUGCAUUAUUUUUUGGGGGAAAAUCCAAGAUCACAGUGAAAGUUCUCUUAACAGAAACCCUUUUAAGCAGACAGCUCUACCUAUGGCCCCACUCUGCUUUUUUUUAUUCCCGUAAGCAAACAUUUCCAAUAGGCGGCUAUGAACACUCUCAGAGUUUAAGAGCUGUAUGCUGGCUUUAAUUUUUUUGUAAGCUCUUGUAAGUGGACACUCACAAGAGCGUCCACUGUUGGUUGCUGAUCUCAGAUUUCUGGGGUUGGCUAUGACAAAACAAACGAAAAAUCUGCAAAUGGAUUCUUUUAGCAUUAAUGCAGCAAUGUUGCCAUGAACCUGCAGGAACAGGCAGGCCAAAUAUUUUCACAGAAAAACUGCCUGUCAAGUGUACUUUUUCAGACUCUGCUCAAAGAAUUCGCCAACCUAGAUGUAGAUUAAAUCUAAAUCCCAGAUUUCCAACUCACAGAGUAAAUGUAUGUUUGGAGCACCUGUGAAUGAAAUAGUCACUGAAUAGGACAAGUGUUACUGACUAAAAAUCCAUCUUGCAAUUUUGGUUAAUACUUUAGAUGCAAUGCUGAUUUGGAUUUUCCCAAAGAAUUUAAUAUUUUCACCCUUAUUUGUUUUGGAUUAUUUUGUAGAUGACACUGGAAUGCGCAGAAGUGACCUUCUAAACCAGUACCUGAAAGACAUUGAAGAUCAGAUUGAGACUGAGGAAGACCUAGCAGAAAAGAAAACCCUUGUUGAUAAAGUUUUGGACAGGUUAAUCAACAAGGUAAGAAUGCAACCACAUAUUAUUCAGUCCUAGAUAAAAUACCAACUUAAAGUAUUUCGUAGCCUUUUUCACAGCACAACCUCUUGAAGAAAUUUCUUAACAAGCUCUGUCACUUUAAACUCAGAUGAGUUACAAUUUAUUUUUUACAGAUUUUCAUGGAAAGUUACCCCUUAAGUAACAUUAUAACAUGCUCAUCAUUUGCCAUUUUCAAGAACACUGUGUUUACCUAAAGUGACUCUAUAUUCUUCAAAUAUUUAGAAAGUGCUUCAGUUUUCUAGAAGGUUCUAUGGAAUAUUUAGGGCUUUACUUAACUAUAUUUUGAUUACAGAUCAAAAACAAAUUGCAAAUACUUGGUAUUACUUACAGUAUUUUUAUUCUAUCUUAAUAUCAGGGAUAUAUAAUGCUUCAGCUAUGAUCUACAACUAUUUUCUGCUUGAAAUAUCACAAAAUGUUGAAGUAUACUACAGCUUGGUUGUAGGAAUAAGGAAAUUACACUAUAUACUUUGUUUAAGCAUAAUUAGGUGUUUGUAUUUCAGUGCUGACAACUGUUUGUUCCUCCAGCCAGCUCCAGCUAGAAUAAACAAAUUUAAGUAGAUUAUAAAAAAGCGUGGAUAUUUUUGGAAUUAAUUGAAUACCUCAGAUCACGUAAAGGGAGGCGUGCCUAGUGCAUUUUGCACAGCCAAAGGCCUCAUUAAACUCAUUAUUGGAGUCCUCCAAGGCAGAAAAAAGACUGUCUAGAAAUGUUAAUUUAGUAGAAAUGGGAGGGAACAGACAGUGUCUUUUAUUCCAGCAUAAUUAAGAGCAUAAUACAUGUACCUCCCACCAAGCAUUAUUAUAUUGAGCUUAAUGACUUUGUCUCAUGGGAUAAAGGCCAAAAGCGUAACAAUGUGUUUUUUUGGAUAAUCCAUCAGAACCUAGAAAGUGAGCACGAGACAUGACAUGCCUAACAGGCAAAUCUACUUGUUCCAAAUUACAAGACAGGAUUUUUUUUCAAGUCCUUUUAAUACCCAACAGCAUCUUAUUCCGGAAAGACCAAAUUUGAGAAAGAAAAAUAUUGAAAAAUAUUACUACUGCAAAUUUAAAUCAAUAAACUACAGAAUUUUACCUAUAAAGUCAAAAGUAUAGACUGAGUUAAUUUUCUUUGUUCAUGAUUAAUGCAAGGGAAAGAAGGUUUAGGACAUGCAAUUUACAAUGGAUCGCUGAGAGAACAGUUUCAUCCUCUAAUAAUUACAACAAUGCUUGGCAUCAAAACCCAUAAACCAUGAGCAAGGUUGGGGAUACAACAAUAGAGUACUAAAGUGUGACGUCAUAAAAAUGAAAUUUUUGAAAUUAUGGGAUUUGUCACAAUAUUCUGAAAGAACAAUGUCCAAUAGGCCUACUUGCCAAAAAUGAGCAUUUGGGGGCAAAUUGUCUCUGAGAUCGUAGCCCAGUUAUGCUUACAAAACUCCAUACAAACCCUUCUAAAUUUUUUUGGGGUCGACCCAAAAAAAAAUUAGAAGGGUUUGUAUGGAGUUUUCUGAGUAUAACUGGGCUGCGAUCUCAGAGACAAUUUGCCCCCAAAUGCUCAUUUUUGGCAAGGAGGCCUCUUGGACAUUGUUCUUUCAGAAUAUCGUGACAAAUCCCAUAAUUUCGGAAAUUUCAUUUUUAUGACGUCAUCACUUUAGUACUCUAUCCCAACAACAACAGUGGUACAAAUAGUGCUGCUCCAAAACUCAACACUGUGGCCUGAUAUGACCUGCGGCAUGCGGUCAAAACAUGGCGAUCAUUAACUAUGACUAUCUUGAGACAAACAGUAAACAAAACCCUUUAAUGCAUAAUCCAUUUCUUCAUUGCCUUUUUAGGACCAUGUUAUCUUGGCACUGAAAGAGUGGGGCGAGUCAGAAGAGGGAUACACACCAUCAGAGGAUGAGGACCCGUUUCUGGUUGUUCACCCAAACUUUGUCAUCGAUUGAACAUUCACAAAGUUACACUGCCACUUAGCUCAGUGUAUGCACAUCGGAAAUACUGUAUAUAAAGGGAUUCACUGACUAAACUUUGCUUUUCGUGGAUAAAGACUUCUGUGAAGAUUUGGUGUGUGACUAGAUCUUGGUGCAGUGUUGAAUUGUUGAACCAGUUUUUUGUGCCACCUUUCUUGACUUAAGCAACUCAGUAAACUGUGUUGAUAGUCUAGUUACUCCCAAUAUCCAAGAUGGACAUAAUCAGGACAACAGUUUAGUUUCCAUUAGUUGUGUCUACCUCUAUAAGUAUCAUGUUACAAUAAAAGACUAGAGUGUAGUGAAAGAAAGUGAAGUGCCCACUUUAGACAGGUAUUCUCCCUCCCUUGAGGAGUGUGUGGAUUUUGCAGGGGUGUCUGUUUUAAAGAGAGUUGACAGU